AUGUGGCACUGGCUUCGUGAGAGCCAUGUUGCUUCUAUUGAACAUACUGUUUGUCAUUUUUGGACUUGCUCUCGUGGGGCUUGGCAUUUACAUGAAGGCUAUUUUCCUUUUAUUCUGAUUGGCGGAGGUGUACUAGUUGUGCUAAUUGCAUUACUAGGUUGUAUGGGAUCACUAUGGUGCAAUCGAUGUAUGCUUUAUAUGUAUGCCACUGCCGCUAUUAUUUUAAUGAUUCUUCAACUUAUUGGUUUUGGAAUGGCUGUUGGUUAUAAAAAGAAACUAGAAACUGUAUACCAUGAUGGUUUGAAAAAAGUUUUCACAAAAGCCCUUGCUCAAAAUGAAACUAAAGUAUUAGAAGCUUUCCAUAAGCUUGAAGAUACAGUGAAAUGCUGUGGCGUCGAUGGGGUAACUGAUUAUCCAACUGGACUUACACCUACUUCAUGUUGGCAACAUACAGACGGCUGUGCAACAGUUAUUAUUAACGUACUCGAGAAGAACCUUCCAAUUAUUGGAGGUAGUUUAGGUGGUGUUUUAGUUCUCGAACUCCUGUGUUUAAUAUUCACACUCAUUUUGGCAAAAAAUCUCGCACAUGCCAAAGAAGAAACUUAUUCAUCAAAUCCUGGCGAAGUAAUUCGAGAACUUGUACCAGGUCGCCGUGCAAAUUACAGAAAGUUUUAA